CCUGUGUACAUAACAGGGUCAGUACUAACUUCUGCUCUCUCUCUCUCUCUCGCUCUCUGCAGGUGUUCACCAGGUAUGGGAAGUGUUACAUGUUCAACGCAGCGGAGGAGGGGAAGACGCUACGGACCACCAUGAAGGGAGGGACGGGGAACGGCCUGGAGAUUAUGCUGGACAUCCAGCAGGACGAGUACCUACCCGUGUGGGGCGACACAGAGGAGACAGCGUUCGAGGCGGGAGUGCGGGUGCAGAUCCACAGCCAGGCAGAGCCCCCGUUCGUCCACGAGCUGGGCUUUGGCGUUGCCCCGGGCUUUCAGACCUUUGUUGCCACUCAGGAGCAGAGGCUGACCUACCUGCCUCCUCCGUGGGGYGAGUGUGAGUCCAAGGCCCUAGACUCUGGCUUCUUCCAGGUCUAUAGUGUGACAGCUUGCAGGAUCGACUGUGAGACACGCUACAURGUGGAAAACUGUAACUGCAGGAUGGUGCACAUGCCCGGUGAUUCUCCAUUCUGUACCCCUGAACAGUACAAAGACUGUGCCGAGCCUGCCCUUGCCAAGUUGUCAAUGCUGGAGAGUAGUAACUGCAUCUGUAGGACACCAUGCAACAUGACACGCUACAACAAGGAGCUGUCCAUGGUCAAGAUCCCCAGUAAGACCUCAGCACGCUACCUGGAAAAGAAGUUCAACCGCUCUGAGAAAUACAUCACGGAUAACAUCCUAGUCCUGGAUGUGUUCUUUGAGGCCUUGAACUAUGAGACCAUUGAGCAGAAGAAAGCCUACGAAGUGGCAGGCUUACUGG